AUGAAGCAGAUUUACAAUCAGGUCGUGACGCUCCACGAGAAGGGCGGGUGUAACGCGGUCAUUGAGUCCCUGCUCAAAGGUUUCUCGGUGAACCCAGUUCAGAACGCGCUAUGGGGUUGGAAGGGCGGCAACACGGAGUCCGGGAACGUCUACCGUUCCAUACUACCAGAGAUCAUGCACCAGCUCGACCACGGGGUUAUACCCAUGCUCUUUGAGCUCGUGGGCAACUACGCCAAAGACAAGUUUGGAGCCAAGAAGGGGAACAAGCGCCUGGCUUUAGCGAACAAGCGCUUCCUCUCUUUCCGAAACACACACCCCGGUCUCCGGCUACCCAACAUCGACUUCCUGGGCGGUUCGUCUUUCGUGACAGCCUUCGAGCAUCGCCACAGUCUGUCGGUGGCCGUGUACGCCGUCGUGGGCGUCUUCACGCUGCCCAAUGGCCGUGACGAGAUAACCCCGCUCUUUCGAGAUUUUGCUGAUGUGUACCUUGACUUCGCGGUCAGGCACAAAACGAGCGGUCACACUGACGAGUCCUUGGCCAAGGUAGACGCUGAUUGGGAUAGGGUCCUAGCUAAGAUGAAGAGGAUACUGCCUUACCAGGCUUCGGGUUGGGGCACCGUGAAGGUACACACGAAUGCGCAUUCUACUGAGUCUGUCAGUCUGAAGGGUCUUUCUGGGGAGUACUCUGCUGACAACUACGAGUCAAGUCAUAAGCGUACGGCGAAAAAUCCGUUCAGGGCUUCUAACAAAAACCAGAUGCAGAUGCAAAUGGUCAAACACGUGACUGACCGACUUCGCCUUCUAAAAGCGGGGAAAGACGAGUUCAUCCCAACUCGAAAGGAGACAGCUCUCCGGAAACGGGCGAGGGCCCAACGGACCAACCUCCUGAGCGUGAAAAGUCGCCCUCUUCGACUCUUCCGCCUGUCCAGUCAGUCCCUGCGGGACGGCAAUCGAGAUCCGGUCCUUCUCGAACAGCCCGAGCUCGUCCAUCUCGAGCGCGUACUUCGCGCGCAUCUCGGAGGAAACCCCCGAGGCAAUCAAGCUUUGCUCGCAAACCUUCCCACUGUCCAAGACGCCAAGGUCAGACGUCACAAGACGCUUGCGAUUGCGAGAGCACGGCAGCCUGACGGGAGUUUGAAGACGGAGUUAGCUCGGGCGAACCCAUGCUUCGGGCAGAACAAGCGGCCCGUUUUUAGCGACGUGGUCGUGAAUGGAGCUGGGCCGGAGCGGCAAGGGCAGCUGGCGCGAACUGAAUGGUAUGCACAGCUUCGUUUGCUGUUCACCUGUGUUGAUCACAGGGGAAUGAAGCGCGCCUUCGCUUUCGUCAAGUGGUAUCAAAGAACGGGCCCACAGGACGGGACCAAGAGCGUCCGGCUGAAAUGGGAGAUGGUGAAGGGGCUCGAUGGUGUCGAGCAGGUUCGAUACGACGUCAUAGGGCUCCAAACAAUCAAGCGGCUUGAGCACAUCCUUCCAGAUCCAAACAACGAGGGAUUGUUUUAUGUCAACGAAACUCGUUUGGUCUAG